AGCAACAAACCGCCAUGUUUUUACAAGUCGACGAUUAAACGAAGAUACUUUACAGACAUUUGUGCAUCACAAAUUCCGGACAUGAUACCGAACACUGACCAAAUUCAGUAUUUUCUACCGUCGGUAAAAUGGCUUUUGUUUUCGGUGUUUUCUAACGGUUGCUCAGAGCAGUUUGCAAAGCCUCGGGCCGUCGUAGUUGGCUCAAGCUUCUUAUAGAUCAUGGAGAAAGUGGAGAUGUAUGAGGUUAAAGUGACUGAGGAAGUGGAGAGCAGUUAUAAAGAAAUGGACAUGAGUCCCCCAAAGAAGAGGAAAAGUAAAGCUCAAGAGGACAGCACUGAUAAACCUAAGAAGCCCAGGUCCGCCUACCUGCUCUACUACUUUGAUGUUCACCAAAUUAUGCAACAGGAAGUCCCUAAUCUGCCUCAAUCUGAAAUCAACAAGCGCAUCAGUGAGAGCUGGAAGAGACUCAGUGUAGCUGAGAAAGGCUACUACCUGGAGAAAGCCAAGUUGGAGAAGGAGGGCACAGACAUUUCCUUACCCAGUCCAUCCAAAGACCUGCCAGGCUUCCGCAAGAUCCUCCCCCGAGCCAAUUACUUUCUUUUGGCUAAAGGCUGCCCUUCAAAUCACCUGCCAGGAUGCUCUCAGCCUGAUGUUAGUGCAGAGCCUGUGGAUUCUACACUGAAGGGAGGCCCGCCUUCUGUCACUGUCACCCAGGAGCCACGGUUCCCACCUCUAGGGUUGACGAGUGAAAUGGAACUUUCUGAGCAGUCCAUCACUAUUGAUGACAUGGCAGAGGAAAGUGCAGUGGCAUCUCACUCCACAGUCCUUCAACAAGCCCUGCCCUCUUCUUCCUCGUCUGUCUCAACCAGACCUUCCACCUCCUCAGGCAUGCAUGUCACACAGGGCUCUGCAGACACCACCACGAAUGGGUUUAAACUAAAAGGAAAUGAGACCAUUGUGGCUGGGAGUCCUCAUGGUGGGACGCUAGCGCAACAAAUACAGGGGGAAACUACCCAGGUGGUUGCCAUCAUACCAACCCAGAAUCUACUGGAGCCGAAGACUUUGACAGGUGUCAGCUCUGUGGGUCCAGUAAUGAUGGUCUCAGUUGAAUCCAGUGUAGAGCAAAGUGCCAAGCCAUCAUAUAAAAUGUCUGUAAAGACUUACACAAGAAGAGGUCGGGGGAGAUGUCUGAAUCCUGGCUGUUCAUUUGUGUACGUCACUCGCCACAAGCCACCAACAUGCCCUGAAUGUGGAAGCCAUCUUGGUGGCAAAUGGAUCCCAGCAGCAAAGAAAGCAAAAGUGAAAGAAGAUCUAUCCAAACAAACGCCACAAAAAGUUGAGACUAAGUCUGAUGAAAGCUACCCAGCCACACUGUCCCCUGCUGAGGAGGGGGAUGCUGAUACCAGUAAAACAAAAGUGACUGAGAUCAACAAGGAAGCACUCGUUCAACGGUGCUCCAGAAAGCAGCAUGCAAUUACAGCUGGGAAGCCACCAGAGGGCAGCAGCACCAAGCAAAAAGACCAGACAAAACCCUUGGACAACUGUUUUAAAGAUCCGACAGUCCAAAGUCAAGACAAAAGCAGUGCUGUUGUUCAGAAGAGACCUGUGAGACCCAUUCUCCCUGCGUAUUAUAGCACAGGCAGUGCCUUGUUCCAGAUUAUAACUGUGCCACCCAACAAAGGAAAAUUUACCAGCACAAACAACAAAUCAUCUGUUGUGGCUCAAGAGAGUUUCUCUGGUCUCAAACCAAGCACCUUGAAACAGCUCGGCCAGACGGUCCCAACAGUCACAGCCAAGCAGGAUCCAUCUGUCCCAGCAGAUGGAGCCCAGACUGUGGCUUCGCUGACUGACAGGAGAGUCAACAUCCUGUCAUUGGUGCCUUUCAAACAGAGCCCUGUUUCUAACUUUGAUCUGGGGCUGUCCACAGCACGAGGCAGGGGUCGGUGUAAGAACCCAUCAUGUGACUAUAUGUAUAAAAACAGACACAAACCUGCAGUGUGCCCUAAAUGUGGCUGCAUGUUAAGCCAGAAGAAGACCAAGGGAAGAACAAAGGGGGGGGCCUUACUAGACCCGUACCAGGCUCUGAGUCCUGCUCAGAAGGACCUGCAGCGCCAGUCUACGCUGCAACUCUUGCGCCGUUCGCUGCAGAUUCCUGAAAGUGAGACUGAGCUCCAGGAAAUACUGACACUCAUCCAGGAGCUCAACAGUCUCCAGAUAGUUUUGGUUCAACCGAGUGAUCAGGAGCAGGAUGGUAGCGUGGAAACAGAGACUCUGAUUGAGUCUGGGUGGCCUCAGUUCUUUGAAUCAUCAGCAACACAGUGUGUCCUGUGUAACUACCCUCUUUUCAAAGGAGGUCAAAGUACUGUUGCAGGACAAGAAGACUGCUGGCUACUUACUGAGACACUGAUCCACACUGCUUCUCUCCAUCUUAAGGUGUGUCUCAACCUCCAGUGCCUGGCCCUGCACAGUUUCACUGACCUACAUCCAGGUUUGUUCAACAUUGGGAACAGAUUACUGGUUAGUAUAGACCUGUUUUUAAGGAUCAGAGCAAGCAUCAAACUUGGCCAUGCACCAUCUCAUGCUGCAAAGACUUUACUGGACCACGUCCCCAAUCACCCUGUUCAUGCUCUCAGUCCAGAGGAGUCAUCUCAAAUCCAAGAGCUUCUCCUGAAUGGCUACUGGGCCUUUGAGUGUCUGACAGUGCGUGACUACAACGAUAUGAUCUGUGGUGUUUGUGGUGUUGCUCCCAAGCUAGAGAUUGCACAGAGAUACACAGACAACGUCCUGGAGCUCAAAAAUGUCGAGUUUACGUGGCCUGAAUGUUCAGUCUCAGAUGAGGUGCACGUUGAUGACUUCUGGCUGACCAUGGAGAGUGAGGCCAUUGAGCAGGCGGCUUUCCCCACAGACAUCCCUAUCACAAGGGUGGAUGCUUCUAUCAUUGCUCCCUUUAUUCCCCCUUUAAUGAGGAGUCACACUGUUAUCAACACAGAGAAAGACAAAGUCCUGUCUCACCCACAGCAGCCGUCAGGUGAUCCAUCAGUGUUGGUACGUCUUAUCCAUGAUGGUCACCUGAGACUCAAUAACAUUGAGGAUCACAGCGAGGAUGAGCUGAGGAUAAUACUGACACGCUGUGGGGUGACCAUCACCCCGGCCAUGGCUAAGAAUGAGCUGUUGGCCUCUUUGAUCUCCUUGUACACACUUGUUCAUGGCGGACUCUCAACAGCCCCACAGCCCCCCCUACACCUCACUGCUGGAAAAUUGUCCAAGAUCUGCCCCCACAAGGUGGUCUGUGCUUCUAAGUGCCUGGUUAGGGGGGAAACGGCUCGGGACCACGUUGACCUGCUGCUGUCGUCCCGCUACUGGCCUCCGGUGUACGUUAGUGACUGUGCCCGGAAGGUGGCAGUCUGUGCUGAUAUGCAGUAUCCAGAUCUGGCAGCCCAGAUGUGGGGCAGGAACCAAGGGUGCUUCUCUGACCCUUUUGAGAAACCAGAGUUUGUGUCAUGUGCUGAGCUGCAGGAACAGCCGUACUGCGCUGACCUGUCCUUAGUAACAGAGAACCAGCAGAUCCACCCCAUCACUAAAUCGUCUUCCUGCUGGCUGGUGCAUCCUCCUGCAGCAGCUCAUACCCAGGACCCUCCGUCUCCAGAGCACCACUCAAUGCUCCUCUGCAGAGACCUGGAGCCGUACAUUGGCUUGUUUACUGAACUGGACAAAAACGAGGGGACGGAAGUAGAAGAGGGUUCACAACACGCUGACAAAGCUGACAAACCUGACGACGGCAGUGACGCAACAGAGUUGUGUGAAUCAGUGAGCCGUAUGCUUCAGCAGCCUGUGGUUUUUAACAAUACAGCAUAUUACUACCUGUACAACCGCCUGGUGGACUUCCUCACCAGCAGAGACAUUGUCAACCAGCAGAUCAAUCAGGUGGUGACGGCCUGCCAACCUGGGGAGGUGGUGAUAAGGGAUGCCCUGUACCGGCUGGGGGUGGCAAAGAUCAACACCGAGAAAAAGGAAGCUCAGGAGGGGGGACAGGCAGAAACAGGAGAGGCUUCACAUGAGGUUGUUCUGCCAGAAUAAUAAUGUUCAAGGUGGACAGCAGGACUGACAGACAAGCAGAUGGGUGGAAUAAAACGUCGACACACAGACAGUCGUGCCAAUAUGAAGAGAAAGGAGGUGAUACUGUAAGGAGAGAUGAAGGUGAAGAGUGAUCCAACACUGAAAGUCAAAAUGAAUGAGCAAGUAGAAUAAUCACAAGUGUAUUAAAGUUCAAGAAAUAUCAUGUAAUGUAAGCUUAUACAAAGUCACAAGUGAGAAGAAAUAUAUGGAUUAAAUGGUGCUAAUAUAGUAAAACUGAACCCUGUUCUGCCAGGAAUGGGGGAAAACAAUGCAGUGCUUAUUAGUAUUCACAAUGUAUUUCAAUUAACAGGUUAAAAUGUAUAUUUUAACCACCUCAAGCUCAUUAUUAUGAAGAAUGUAAAAAAGAUGUUUUAAGUAAAUUAAAUUAUAAAAAGAAUUAAACUUUUUUUUUUCACCAUUAUGGUACAAAGAGAGCAGAGUGUGUGAGGAGGUUAUAGAAACUGUCCUUAAUCUAAUUCAGUGUGUUUACUGACUAAAAGAAUGUACAAAGGAUUUUAGCAACACAACUAUCUGUAUUAUGUGAAAUCAUAAAUAGUAUGAUGUAAUUACAGGCCUUUAAUGAGACAUUUCUCCUUUAUGAUUUUUACUCUUACCUCUUUUACCUCUUGAUGCCUUUUUGACUGAAAAUUGUUGAAGCAACAAAUCUGUCAUUAACCUUGUGGCCUUUGUUUUAUUUAGGCUGAAAAUCUGUUUUCAUUCGAUCCUGAACUCAUGUAGUUACUGUAGGUUAAAUGGGGACAUCUGUUGGUCAAAAGCAUUCACUGCAUUUAAGUAUAAACCAACGUGUGUGUAGUUGAACCAAGUCCUGUAAAUUAAACUGUUCAUGUAAAUAAAUAAAUGACAAAACAUUAAUACA